AUGGAAGGUACACAAGCACCGACAUCAGCACCAGUAAUGACUUUAGAUAUGAUAUCCCAGGAGAUUGAAAUUUGUCGGACUGAAGGUGUCUCCCAGGCUCCCACUACAAAUAAAGAGAAUGUCUCAGUCCCAGUUCAGGUUCCAGUCACGAAGGAAUGCCCCAGUCUCCCACUACAACGUAUAGAACGACAGUCAGGAUUUGUAGGGAAAGCUUUGCUUUUCCAAUUUUUCUCGGUCAAACACGUACUCAAAAGUGAUGUACAUGGUGGAGAAAUUCUCUCAAAUUAUAAAAAGAGUAACAAAUUCACGCAUCCUAAAUGGGCUCGCAAUAAAAUUGCUGAGCUGGUUGUGAAGGCAGCAGUAAAACAGCUAAAGAGGUUGGACAAAGAGUGCUUCAAAAUUUUAGCUACGAAAAUUGUAGAGGAGUUCCCCACAGAAGAUCUGAGAAUUUACUACUUUCCCCCUAUUACCGGAAACAAAAAAUUGAAACAAAAAGCUGUUGGACCUAGAGGAAAAGCGCCCAACGUUUAUCGCAAUUUGAUCGCUAAAUUGUCACUUCUCAAAAAGGGUAGAGUGGCACCAGCUGUGGAAAAAGAGGCACCACCAGUGGUCAGCCUUCAAGGUGAAGAGCAACGAGAGUGGCUUAAUGUUAAUUCAGAACCAUGGGAUUUGGUCUGCACGAACUUCGCUGCUCUGAGAGAUGUGCGUUUUGCAAAGGCUGCUGCCUCAAAUGAGGAUGUCACUAGAAUAAUCAAUCAGUGGCCCAUUUUCACGGCUGAAAAAGGUUAUAAGUUGAUUCUGGACGACUUUGCAGCACUUCCUGAUGUUCCUGAAACCCAGUUGACACAUGCAAAGUGGGAUCAAUUCGUGAAUGAACUUAAUUCCAUUCGCCCAAUCAAAAGUCGUGAUCGAGUUAAGAUGCAUUGGAUCGAGUUGAUCGAGCAUCAAGACACGAACGACGACAGCAAAGUCGCCCUUCAGAUCCACCUUUUGGCCCAUAAUCUUCCUCCUCAAAAGAAGAUAUCUCGAAGAUGGAAGCCAUCUAUUCCAGACUGUCAAGACAGUAUGCUGAUUCUGACUGAGACUGAGGAAAGUAUUGAUCUCACUGAUUGAUCUCACUGAGAGAAUGAAGGUGGCAAAAGGGCGCAAGCAAUUCCUGAAACCUCUGAUUGUUGUUGUUGGGAGCACGAUAGCUGCGGUGACUAACGUAUACGGCUGUGUAGGAGGAGUCAAAUAUAAAGUGUCUACAUUCCUAGAGGCACUAGAUCUAGUGUUCAAGGCCAUCAGUGUCUUCAACAUCAAAUUCCCUGCCGAGAGUAAUCAUAUUUGGGGUGUCAUAAAGAACGUAGUGUAUGGAAUCCCAGUCAAUGACGAUGGAACAGUCGCCGAGGUAUUGACUGACUUGGCCGAAUCAAGAGCCACUGGAGAACUAUCACGAGGAGUGAUUGAGGGAGAAAUUUGAGGAGCAAGUAUUCAGGCAACAGUCUCCAUGGAGACCUAGACGAUGUAAUAAAAGUUGAACCUAUCUUUAUUCUAAUUGAUCGACAUAAGGUUAAUGAAUGAAAUUAAGGAGAAGAAAAUGGGAGAAAAUUCAAAGUCUUCAUUGAAAAUUAGUUGUUUGCCUUUUGUUACCAAAACGCCUGUGUGUGCUAAUAUUCAAUUAUAAGUUACCAAUGAGUUCGGAUCCGUAAGAAUUGAUGUUGUCAUGAAAA